CGGACGGGCGGACGUACAAUACAAAUCCACCACCCCGGCCUCUUGGCCUCCUUCGUCUUGCUCUUCCCCUCCCCCUUCUCCCCUCCCCUUCUCCGUAGGGUUUAGCGGCAGCAGGAGAGGAGAGGUCUCCGGAUGGCGUCGUCCGACGACUGGAUCGACGACGCGGCCGGCGGGGAGUGGACCACCGUCACCCGCUCCGGCCGGUCCGGCAGCCACGCCGGGCGCUCCCCCAACCCCAAGCCAGCCGCCCCCCGCUCCCCCAAGCCGGCCGCGCCGACGGUGGGCCAGGUCGGCGAGGGGCUGGCGGGGCUCGACGUCGAGGGCGCGGCCCGGACGGGGAGGCUGGACAAGUACGACAUACCGGUGGAGGUGAGCGGGGACGGCGCGCCCGCGCCGGCCGACGGGUUCGACGGGUCCGGGCUCGCAGAGGCCGUGCUCCGGAACGUCGCGAGGUGCGGCUACGACAACCCCACGCCGGUGCAGCGCUACUCGAUCCCGAUAGUGCUGUCCGGGAGGGACCUCAUGGCGUGCGCGCAGACGGGCUCAGGGAAGACGGCCGCGUUCUGCCUCCCGGUGGUGAGCGGGCUGGUGGCUGCAGAGGAAGGGCCAGGAGGCGGAGGGGGUCGCGGCGGCAGGGACGCGUACGACUACGACUACGGCCGCGCUGGGAGGCCACGCGCUCUCGUGCUCGCGCCCACCCGAGAGCUUGCAGCACAGAUUAAUGACGAAGCAAAGAAGUUCGCUCACAAAACUGGACUCAAUGUUAAGGUGGCCUAUGGAGGCACUUCAAUGGGUCAACAGCUACGUGAUAUAGAGAAAGGCGUCGAUAUUCUUGUUGCUACACCCGGGCGCCUUGUGGACAUGAUUGAAAGAGGAAAGAUUUCUCUUGAGGCAAUUAAGUACCUGAUAAUGGACGAGGCUGACAGAAUGCUGGAUAUGGGGUUUGAGCCUCAGAUAAGGAAGAUUGUUGACGGGAUGGGUAUGCCACGAAAGUCUGUGAGACAAACUAUGCUCUUUAGUGCAACCUUCCCACCGGAAAUACAGAGACUGGCUUCAGACUUUUUGUCAAAGUACAUAUUUAUCACUGUUGGGAGGGUGGGUUCAAGUACUGAUCUAAUUACGCAGCAAGUUGAGUUCGUCACUCACGACGAGAAAAGAACCUACCUGAUAGAUCUCUUACAGAAACAAUCUUUCUCUUCAUCUGAUGGCAAGCCUCAGCAGCCUCUAACACUGGUUUUCGUGGAGACAAAACGAGAAGCUGAUUCAUUGAGGUAUUGGCUAUACAACAAAGGUUUCCCUGCCACAGCGAUCCAUGGUGAUAGAACGCAAGAGGAGAGGGAAAGCGCACUGAGAUCCUUCAAGUCUGGCUUGACCCCUAUCAUGGUCGCCACUGAUGUUGUUGCGCGAGGCCUGGAUGUCCCAAAUGUUGCUCAUGUCAUCAACUAUGAUCUUCCGAAGAGCAUAGAGGAUUAUGUCCACAGGAUUGGAAGAACUGGUAGAGCUGGAAAUGCUGGGAGCGCCACCGCCUUCUUCACUGAAUCCAACCACCCCAUAGCGAAGGGAUUACUAGAACUGAUGACUGAGGCAAAACAGAAUGUUCCUACCUGGCUAGAGGACUACGCAGGCAAGCCAUGCUAUGGAGGGUCAAGCUUCGGUGGAAGAGGCCGAAGGUCCAAUGGCGAUGGUGGCAGCAGCUUUGGUGGCAGAGAUUAUCGCGGUGGUGGUGACUACUCUGGUGGCGGUGGCAGGAGCUACUCUGGUGGUGGUGGUGACCGCUAUUCCGGUGGCGGCGGUGGUGACCGCUAUUCCGGUGGCGGCGGUGGUGACCGCUAUUCCGGUGGUGGUGGCCGUGACCGCUACUCUGGUGGCGGUGGCGGUGAUCGCUUUUCCGGUGGCGGUGGCGGUGGUCGUGACCGAUACUCUGGUGGCGGUGGCGGUGAUCGCUAUUCCGGUGGCGGUGGUGGUGACCGCUACUCCGGUUGUGGUGGUGGUGACCGCUAUUCCGGUGGUGGCGAUCGCUACUCCGGUGGCGGUGGUGGUGACCGCUACUCUGGGGGUGGUGGUGGUGAUCGCUACUCCGGUGGCGGUGGCGGUGGCAGUGGCAGCUACUCUGGUGGUGGUGAUCGCUACUCGGGUGGCGGUGGCGGUGACAGCAACUCUGGUGGUGGCAAAAGCUACUCUGGUGGUGGCGGUGGUGGUGGUGGUAGUGGCAGAUACUCCAGUGGCGGAGGCUCCUCCAGGGCAAGCGACCCACCUCCGCGCUACUACCCCUCCCACCCCAUGGGCACGUCAAACAUCAGCGCCUCUGGCUGGGAGUAGCCGCGCAGCACCCUCACUUCUCUGUGGUGCACAGACCGUAUAUAUUUACUACCUAAAUUACGUAGCGGAACCAAAUCGCGUGUGGCACACCUGAUCUGAGCUCGGUGCCUGCUCGUCCUUUUUGCCUUGUCGAUGGCUGUGUUAUGUUGCACUGGGAUAGGUUGCAAAUGUUUUGCUGGGAAGAUGGGAUUUAACAUGGAUGUGGUGGUGAUGAUCAGACUCCACUUGGUGCUUAAAACUUGUUGGCUAAGUGGCAAAUGACACUGCCGGUUUACCUUUUAUGAUUGACCCUUGCUCUA